CCCUCCCAAACGACGCAAUACUCCUUUCACGACAGCAUACAUUCACUUUAAGCCAGCAUAUACCCCGAAAACAGGUGUAUAAAUGAACUCGACCACCUUCAGAACCCCUUCUCCAGCAUCGGCGCCUGCCAACGGACAAAACAAUGUCAAUGGCAACUACACUCCACGCGUCGUUCCUCUCACCUGCUCUGGUCACACUCGCCCUGUUCCCUACCUUCACUUCUCCGACUUGAUUCCCCAGGAUGAGGAGCACCCCUACUACUUUGUUUCCGCUUGCAAAGACGGCAACCCUAUGAUCCGAGACGGUAUGCGUGGUGACUGGGUCGGUACUUUCCUCGGCCACAAAGGUUGCGUCUGGUCCGCCAAGAUUUCCGGAGAUGCCGCGACAGCAGUUACCGGUUCAGCAGACUUUACCGCCAAGGUAUGGGAUACCUAUAACGGUCAAGCAACGCAUACAUUCCACCACAAUCACAUCGUCCGCGCCGUCGACUUCCAACACGCACGCAAGGGAUUGCAAUCCGAAAACAUUGUUACCGGUGGACACGAGAAGCUUCUGAGAACGUUCUCGUUGGCAGAGGGAAGGGACGAACCUACCACUACUUUCAGUGGUAGUCAGGGAACGAUCAAGAGCGUUAGCUGGACUACCUCGGAAAUCAUCAUCUCGGCUGCCGAGGACAAGCAAGUACGAUGGUGGGAUAACAGAAUUGGAGAGGAGAUUGCUGCGUUCCCAACUGGACCAGGUGAAGACAUCACGAGCUGUGAAGUGACAAGGGAUCGCCGUUACAUUACCGUUACGGCUGGCAAGAAGAUCUACUUUAUCGAUUACAAAACCAGGGAGUGUGUCAAGACCGUCACCACCAACUACAACAUCUCAUCUGUGGCCCUUCACCCUUCGCAGUCUCACUUCGUCACCGGUUCCACCGACGACACCUGGGUUCGUGUAUACGACUUCGAAGGCAACGAGCUCGAGGUCUACAAGGGCCACCACGGACCCAUCUGGACCGUGGGAUUCAGCCCUGACGGAAGAUUGUACGCAACAGGCUCCGAAGACGGUACAAUUAGAUUGUGGAAGUGGGGCCCCGAAGCCUACGGAUUGUGGAAAUAGACGAGUUGGCGGCGAAAGAAGCACGCUCAAAGGCAAAUGACAAGAUCAAACGGGGUACAAGGAUCUUUCGGAUAUUUUGCAUAAUUGGUUUCACGGAGUUCA